ACUAACCUCUCGAAGUGCGCUCUAUUUGACAGAGACGAGAUGAGAAGUUUUUAAUCACAACUUUGACAAGAACCUCCAAUUCACUUAUUGAUGUUUGCUGUGAAACGUUUAUGUCUAUUCCAGAUAAUUGUUAAACGCUAAUCUCUCUGUGAAUAUCAAUUAAGUUCAACAGCAAGCCCGAUUUAGAUUUUCCACGGGUAUAAAGUUCGGUAGUGACUACAAUAAAUUACCUUGACUACUGUCAUUUCCGUGGACUAAGUAUCAGAAAAGAUGGAUAAUUGUGAUAGAUGUCCAGACUCAAGCGAUUCUAGCGAUGAAGAUUAUGUUCCUGAUAGUAAAAUUGAGGAUGCAGUCUCUGAAGUCGAAUCAGAUGGUGAUCCAGAAGAGCAAUUGUCAGGCUCAGACAGCGAAACUAAUAAGAACAAGAAACGGACGAAAAAGCCCAAGAAAAAAGCCAAACUUCCUAGAAAGGCACCUAGUCCAUCUCCUGAAAAAUCAACAGCCGAACCUACCAAUAACCCAGAAGAACAGAAGAAAAAAGCUGAUGAUCUAUGGGCGGAUUUUAUGAAAGACACCGGAUUUAAGUCCAAAGGCAGUGGUAACAAGACCACUAUAUCUGAUAAUUCUUCGAAAUCGUCGACUUCAAGUAAAGCCGGUUCUGCUGAGAAGAAUCAGGACACAUCUCAGAAACCGCCAGCUAAAGUAAAAGUUACUCAAAUAUUCGAGUUUGCUGGCGAAGAAGUGAAAGUUGAAAAAGAGGUUAAUGUGAAUUCAGCUGAAGCCAGACUUUUAGCUAAAGAGACUAGCCAGUCAACAGCCCCCAAAAGGGGGGCGGGUCUUAGUGGUAUUGGCAAUGUGUUGAGUCAGUUAGCAAAAAAGCAGAAAAUUAGCACCUUAGAAAAAACCAAAUUGGACUGGGACAGGUUCAAGAAAGAACAAAAUAUUGAUGAGGAGCUGCAAACACAUAACAAGGGCAAAGACGGAUACUUAGAAAGACAAGACUUCCUAGAAAGGGCAGAUCUGCGACGAUUCGAAAUCGAACGAGAGAUCAGAAAUGUGGAGCGAGCAAAACGAUUUAAUAGUACCCUGUGAGAAAUUUUAAGGUUCAGUAUUUCAUGUAUUUAUUAUAUUUUGUAUCUUAUUACAUUCCUGAUCUGAUUUUACUUUCUACUUGAUUCUAUUGAAAUUUUUUUAAUGUGACAUAAUCUGUUACAUGGGUGAAUAUAGGCUAUCUGUCCUGGCCCUAGACGUAUUUUAAAUGUAUCAUUUUUAAUACCGUUUUCUUUAUUUUGGGAUAUUUGCUUUAAUUAUACAAUGUAACUCAAACUGA